CUGGGGAGGUUCUCGGACGGAAGCUUCGACCCCGCUGUACCGGAUGGUCCCGCCCCUUAGCAACGGGCCCAGCGUCCCUCCCUGGAGACGGGCCGCCAGACCCCGCGCUGCGCUGUGGAGCCGGAGCUCUCCCUGGGGCAUUGCCCUAAGAAGCAGCAUGGAGCCGCCUAACAGAGAAGGCUGCAGCCCAGGAAGGACGCCUGGAGGCCCAGAGUGCAGCGGUACUCGUGCAGGCCCCGAGUGCAGUCUGGGGAGGACUCGUGCAGGCCUAGAGCACAACCCGGGGACGAUUCUGCCGGGACCAUAUUCUGGGUCAGAGAAGCCUCCUCCAAGCCCUCUCCCCAAGCCCCCACCUUUACCCCUGGCCCCACCUAUGCUCUCAGACUUGGGGCAGCCCCGGAAGUUGCCCCUGACAGGCACUGAUAAGAGGUACCCCCUGAUGAAGCAGCGUGGGUUCUACUCUGACAUCCUCAGCCCUGGAACAUUGGCUCAACUUGGGGAAGUAUGCCGUGGCCCCAGCAUGAACCAGGACCUCCUGAGGCAGGCCGACCUUGACAAGUUCACCCCAAAAGUCAGAACCUUUGAGAUUCCUGAGGACUUCGAGAAGCGCCUGGAGCAGCAGCGCAUUGGGUCCACUACACAGUUGCUCACCCAGACUGACUUCCCGCUGCAGGCCUAUGAGCCCAAGGUGCAGGUGCCCUUCCUGGUGCUGCCAGGCCAGUGCCCCCGCAAGACUGAGAUUGAGAGGAGGAAGCGGCUGUACCUGAGCCUGGACAUCGAGCAGUUGCUGGCCAAUGAGGGCAUUGACUCCAACAAGCUCCUGCCCAGGCACCCAGACCCCCACCACCCCCAGACCAUUGAGCAGGGCCACGACCCUCUCUUUCCCGUCUAUCUCCCACUGAAGGUGUUUGACAAUGAAGAGUUUGACUGCCGGACUCCCACUGAGUGGAUCAACAUGGGCUUGGAGCCAGGGUCUCAGGACAGGAAACCUGUCCCUGGAAAAGCCCUCCUGCCCACUGAUGACUUCCUGGGGCAUGAGGACCCCAAGAGCCGGAAGCUGAAGUACGAAUGGUGCAAGGUCGGCGUCCUGGAUUAUGACAAGGAGAAGCAGCUGUACCUGGUGCACAAGACUGACGAGAAUGGCUUGGUGCGAGAUGAGAUGGGGAAGCCCAUCCUGAAUGGAGGGGUUACCGCUGAAGGAAGGCUGCCCCUCCUAGUCUGCCAGUACUGGGUGCCACGGAUCCAGCUUCUCUUCUGUGCUGAGGACCCACGCAUGUUCACUCAGCGUGUGGUCCAGGCCAAUGCCCUGCGCAAGAACACGGAGGCACUGCUGCUGUACAACCUGUACGUGGACUGCAUGCCCUCCGAGGGCCAGCGGCUCCUCAAUGAGCAGAGCCUGAACAAGAUCAAGCAGUGGACCAUGAGCACGCCCCGGAUGCGCAAAGGGCCCUUGGUUCUGGAGCACCUCAGCAGUCUCUCCAGAGAAGUGAACCUGGACUAUGAGCGCAGCAUGAACAAGAUCAACUUUGACCAAAUUGUCGCCUCCAAGCCCGACACAUUCUCCUACGUGACCCUGCCAAAGAAGGAGGAGGAGAAGGUGCCCAAGCAAGGGCUGGUGAGUGUCCCCAAGUACCCCUUCCGGGAGCAGAAGGAGGACUUCACCUUCGUGUCCCUUCUCACGCGGUCGGAGGUCAUCACAGCCCUCAGCAAGGUGCGGGCCGAGUGCAACAAGGUGACUGCCAUGUCCCUGUUCCACUCGAACCUCUCCAAGUACAGCCGCCUGGAAGAGUUCGAGCAGAUCCAGUCACAGACCUUCUCCCAGGUGCAGAUGUUCCUCAAGGACACCUGGAUCAGCACCCUCAAGGUGGCCAUGCGCAGCAGCCUGCGCGACAUGAGCAAGGGCUGGUACAACCUCUACGAGAACAACUGGGAGGUGUACCUCAUGUCGAAGCUGCGCAAGCUGAUGGAGCUGAUCAAGUACAUGCUGCAGGACACGCUGCGCUUCCUGGUGCAGGACUCACUGGCCAGCUUCUCGCAGUUCAUCAGCGAUGCCUGCUGCAGCGUGCUUGACUGCACUGAUGCCAUGGUCUGGGGCGAGGACCUCAUAAACAGCCCCUACAGGCCCCGGAAGAAUCCCCUGUUCAUCGUGGACCUAGUGCUGGACAGCUCGGGGGUGCACUACAGCACACCGCUGGAGCAGUUCGAGACAUCUCUGCUGAACCUCUUCGACAAGGGCAUCCUGGCCACCCACGCGGUGCCCCAGCUGGAGAAGCUGGUGAUGGAGGACAUCUUUAUCAGCGGCGACCCCCUACUGGAGUCAGUGGGGCUUCAUGAACCGCUAGUGGAGGAGCUGAGAGCCGUCAUCGCCAAUGCUAUGCGCAAGGCCAUGAUCCCACUGCAGGCCUAUGCCAAGGAGUAUAGAAAGUACCUGGAGCUGAACAACAAUGACAUUGCCACCUUCCUCAAAGCCUACCAGACGCAUUGCCCAUUGGCUGAGGUGGUGAGGGAGGUGGUGCUCACCCACCUACAGGAGAAAGAGAUCCUGGACAGCUCGCUGCCCAGCAGCAUCAUCAUUGGGCCCUUCUACAUCAACGUUGACAAUGUCAAGCAGAGCUUGUCCAAGAAGCGCAAGGCACUGGCCACUUCCAUGCUGGACAUCCUGGCCAAGAACUUGCACAAGGAGGUGGACGAUAUCUGUGAGGAGUUCCGCAGCAUCAGUCGCAAGAUCUACGAGAAGCCCAACAGCAUCGAGGAGCUGGCUGAGCUUCGCGAGUGGAUGAAAGGCAUCCCCGAGAAGCUGGUGGGGCUGCAGGAGCGGAUUGUGAAGGUCAUGGAUGACUACCAGGUCAUGGAUGAAUUCCUUUACAACCUCAGUACAGAUGACUUCAAUGACAAAUGGGCUGCCAGCAACUGGCCUUCUAAGAUCCUCGGGCAGAUAGAGAUGGUGCGGCAGCAGCACCUUGAAGAUGAGGAGAAGUUCCACAAAAUCCAGACCAUGGACCAGAGCAACUUCCAGGAGAAGCUGGAAGGGCUGCAGCUGGUGGUAGCUGGCUUCUCUACCCACGUGGAGAUUGCGCGAGCACACGAGAUUGCCAACGAGGUCCGGAGGGUCAAGAAGCAGCUGAAGGACUGCCAGCAGCUGGCCGUGCUCUACAACAACCGCGAGCGCAUCUUUGGCUUGCCCAUUACCAAUUACGAGAAGCUCUCCAGGAUGGUGAAGGAUUUCCAGCCCUACCUAGACCUCUGGACCACAGCCUCUGACUGGCUGCGCUGGUCUGAGAGCUGGAUGAACGACCCCCUGUCAGCCAUCGACGCUGAGCAGCUGGAGAAGAAUGUCAUCGAGUCCUUCAAGACCAUGCACAAGUGUGUGAAGCAGUUCAAGGACAUCCCAGCCUGCCAGGACGUGGCCUUAGACAUCCGGGCCCGAAUCGAGGAGUUCAAGCCGUACAUCCCGCUGAUCCAGGGGCUGCGCAAUCCCGGCAUGCGGAACCGGCACUGGGACGUGCUGUCUAAUGAGAUCAACAUUAAUGUCAGGCCCAAGGCCAACCUGACCUUCGCCCGCUGUCUCGAGAUGAACCUGCAGGACCACAUCGAGAGCAUCAGCAAGGUGGCCGAGGUGGCCGGCAAGGAGUAUGCCAUCGAGCAGGCACUGGACAAAAUGGAGAAGGAGUGGUCGACCAUCCUGUUCAACGUGCUGCCCUAUAAGGAGACAGACACCUACAUCCUCAAGAGCCCAGAUGAGGCCUCACAGCUGCUUGACGACCACAUCGUCAUGACCCAGAGCAUGUCCUUCUCACCCUACAAGAAGCCCUUCGAGCAACGCAUUAGCUCCUGGGAGAACAAGUUGAAGCUGACCCAGGAGGUGCUAGAGGAGUGGCUGAACUGUCAGCGGUCCUGGCUCUACCUGGAGCCCAUCUUCAGCUCUGAGGACAUCAACCGGCAGCUGCCUGUGGAAAGCAAGCGCUACCAGACAAUGGAGCGGAUCUGGAGGAAGAUCAUGAAGAAUGCCUAUGAGAACCGGGAGGUGAUCAAUGUGUGUUCUGACCAGAGGCUGCUGGACAGCCUGCGGGACUGUAACAAGCUGCUUGACAUGGUGCAGAAGGGCCUCAGCGAGUACUUGGAGACGAAGCGGAGCGCCUUCCCCAGAUUCUACUUCCUGUCAGACGAUGAACUACUCGAGAUCUUGUCCCAGACGAAGGACCCCACGGCCGUGCAGCCCCACCUGCGCAAGUGCUUUGAGAACAUUGCCCGGCUGCUGUUCCAGGAGGACCUGGAGAUCACACAUAUGUACUCAGCAGAGGGUGAGGAGGUACAGCUGUCCUUCUCCAUCUACCCGUCUAGCAAUGUGGAGGACUGGCUGCGGGAGGUGGAAAACAGCAUGAAGGCCAGCGUGCGGGACAUCAUUGAGAGGGCCAUCAAGGCGUACCCCACGAUGCUCAGGACCCAGUGGGUGCUGAACUGGCCUGGCCAGGUGACCAUCGCUGGGUGCCAGACCUACUGGACCAUGGAAGUGGCAGAGGCCCUGGAAGCCAACAAUCUCAGUAACCGGCUGUUCCCCCAGCUCACCCAGCAGCUCAGUGACCUCGUAGCCCUGGUGCGAGGGAAGCUGUCCCGCAUGCACCGGGCCGUGCUGUCAGCACUAAUCGUCAUUGAGGUCCAUGCCAAGGAUGUGGUGAGCAAGCUGAUACAGGAGAACGUGGUCAGUGUGAAUGACUUCGAAUGGAUCUCACAGCUGAGGUACUACUGGACGAAUAACAACCUGUACAUCCGGGCCGUGAAUGCCGAGUUCAUCUAUGGCUACGAGUACCUAGGCAACAGCGGCAGGCUGGUGAUCACACCCCUCACUGACAGGUGCUACCUGACCCUGACCGGGGCCCUGCACCUCAAGUUUGGGGGUGCCCCAGCUGGCCCAGCCGGCACAGGGAAAACUGAGACCACCAAAGACCUGGGCAAAGCCUUGGCCAUCCAGACAGUUGUGUUCAACUGCUCUGACCAGCUCGACUUUAUGGCUAUGGGCAAGUUCUUCAAGGGCCUGGCCAGUGCUGGGGCCUGGGCCUGCUUUGAUGAGUUCAAUCGUAUCGAUAUUGAGGUGCUGUCUGUGGUGGCGCAGCAGAUCACCACCAUCCAGAAGGCACAGCAACAGCGGGUGGAACGCUUCAUGUUUGAGGGGGUCGAGAUCCCACUCGUGCCAUCCUGCGCUGUGUUUAUCACCAUGAACCCAGGAUACGCCGGCCGCACCGAGCUCCCUGAUAACCUGAAGGCGCUCUUCCGGCCCGUGGCCAUGAUGGUUCCAGAUUACGCCAUGAUCGCUGAGAUCUCCCUCUACUCCUUUGGCUUCAAUGAGGCCAAUGUGCUGGCCAAGAAGAUCACAACCACCUUCAAGCUCUCCUCUGAGCAGCUCAGCUCCCAGGAUCACUAUGACUUUGGGAUGAGAGCUGUGAAGACUGUGAUCUCGGCUGCUGGGAACCUCAAGCGAGAAAACCCAAGCAUGAAUGAGGAGCUGAUCUGCCUCCGGGCCAUCCGUGAUGUGAACGUGCCCAAGUUCCUGCAGGAGGACCUAAAGCUCUUCUCUGGGAUUGUAUCCGACCUGUUCCCCACCAUCAAGGAGGAGGAAACUGACUACGGCAUCCUGGACAAGGCCAUCCGCAAGGCCUGCGAGAAGAACAACCUCAAGGAUGUGGACGGCUUCCUGACCAAGUGCAUCCAGCUCUACGAGACCACAGUGGUGCGGCACGGCCUCAUGCUCGUCGGACCCACAGGCUCUGGCAAGAGUAACUGUUACAGAGUCCUGGCAGCUGCCAUGACCUCGCUGAAAGGGCAGCCAUCUAUCAGUGGCGGCAUGUACGAGGCGGUCAACUACUACGUGCUCAACCCCAAGUCCAUAACGAUGGGUCAACUGUAUGGGGAGUUUGACCUGCUCACCCAUGAGUGGACAGAUGGAAUUUUCUCCUCCCUCAUCCGGGCGGGAGCCAUUGCCUCUGACACCAACAAGAAGUGGUACAUGUUUGAUGGGCCAGUGGACGCUGUCUGGAUUGAGAACAUGAACACAGUGCUGGACGACAAUAAGAAGCUGUGCCUCAGCUCUGGGGAGAUCAUCAAGCUCACAGAGGCAAUGACCAUGAUGUUCGAGGUGCAGGACCUGGCAGUGGCCUCACCAGCCACAGUGUCCCGUUGUGGCAUGGUGUACUUAGAGCCCAGCAUCCUGGGGCUUAUGCCCUUUGUUGAAUGCUGGCUGAGGAGGCUCCCUGCCUUACUCAAGCCCUAUGAGGAGAAGUUCAAGGCCCUCUUUGUCAGCUUCCUGGAGGACUCCAUCAAUUUCAUCCGGUCCUCGGUGAAGGAGGUGAUCACAUCAACCAAUAGCAACCUGACCAUGAGUCUCCUCAAGCUGCUGGACUGCUUCUUCAAGCCCUUUCUGCCGAAAGAGGGCCUCAAGAAAAUACCCUCCGAAAAGCUGAGUCGCAUCCCAGAGCUGAUCGAGCCCUGGUUCAUCUUCUCCCUGAUCUGGAGUGUGGGCGCCACGGGGGACAGCGUCAGCCGCAUCGGCUUCAGCUACUGGCUCAGGAUCAAGAUGAUGAUAGAAAACGUGACCAUGCCCUUCCCAGAGGAGGGGCUGGUGUUCGAUUACAGGCUGGAGGAUGCUGGCAUCAGCAGCACCAAUGACGAUGAGGACGAGGAGGAGGAGGACAAACAGGUUGCCUGGGUAAAAUGGAUGGAUUCCUCGGCUUCAUUCACCAUGGUGCCAGACACCAGCUAUUGUAACAUUAUCGUGCCUACCAUGGACACUGUGCAGAUGUCCUACCUGUUGGGCAUGCUACUCACCAACCACAAACCUGUGCUAUGCAUCGGGCCAACGGGCACGGGGAAGACCCUCACCAUCUCCGACAAGCUCCUCAAGAACCUGCCACUGGAGUACAUUAGCCACUUCCUCUCCUUCUCAGCCCGCACCUCGGCCAACCAAACCCAGGACCUCAUCGACAGCAAGCUGGACAAGAGGCGGAAGGGUGUGUUCGGGCCUCCUCUGGGGCGCAACUUCAUCUUCUUCAUCGAUGACCUGAACAUGCCAGCCUUGGAGACAUAUGGCGCCCAGCCGCCCAUUGAGCUAUUGCGCCAGUGGAUGGACCAUGGUGGCUGGUAUGACCGAAAGAUCAUCGGAGCCUUCAAGAACCUGGUGGAUAUUAACUUUAUCUGUGCCAUGGGCCCCCCGGGGGGAGGCAGAAAUGCCAUCACCCCGCGGCUGACACGCCACUUCAACUACUUGUCCUUUGCUGAGAUGGAUGAGGUCAGCAAGAAGCGCAUCUUCUCCACCAUCCUGGGCAGUUGGGUGGAUGGACUCCUUGGAGAAAGAAGUUACAGGGAGCCCGUGCCUGGAGCCCCCAACAUCGCCCACUUCACAGAUCCCCUCGUGGAAGCCACCAUCAUGGUGUACUCCACCAUCACGUCCCAGCUGCUGCCCACCCCGGCCAAGUCCCACUACACCUUCAACCUGAGGGACCUCUCCAAAGUCUUCCAGGGCAUGCUCAUGGCCAACCCAGCCAAGAUCGAGGACAAGGUGCAGCUGCUGCGACUGUGGUACCAUGAGAGCUGCCGUGUGUUCCGUGACCGCCUGGUGAACCAGGAGGACCGCAACUGGUUUGACAAGCUCUUGGAGAGCCACAUGGAGCGGUGGGAGGUGGCCUUCAACGAGGUCUGCCCCUUCCAGCCCAUCCUCUACGGGGACUUCAUGUCACCAGGCUCUGACGUCAAGUCCUAUGAGCUCAUCACCAGCGAGAAGAAGAUGAGGCAGGUAAUCGAGGAAUAUGUGGAGGACUACAACCAGAUCAACACAGCCAAGCUGAAGCUCGUCCUCUUUGUGGAUGCCAUGAGCCACAUCUGCCGUAUCAGCCGCACCCUUCGCCAGGCGCUGGGCAAUGCGCUGCUGUUGGGCGUGGGUGGUAGUGGCCGAAGCUCCCUCACACGGCUCGCCUCGCACAUGGCCGAGUACGAGUGCUUCCAGAUUGAGUUAUCCAAGAACUACGGCAUGACAGAGUGGCGCGAAGAUGUCAAGAAGGUCUUGCUUAAGGCUGGCCUGCACAGCCUGCCCAUCACCUUCCUGUUCUCGGACACCCAGAUCAAGAAUGAGUCCUUCCUGGAGGACGUCAACAACAUCCUGAAUUCAGGUGACAUUCCCAACCUCUAUACUUUGGAUGAGCAGGACCAGAUUGUCAACACCAUGCGGCCCUGUAUCCAGGAGCAGGGCCUGCAGCCCACCAAGGCCAACCUCAUGGCGGCCUACACUGGGCGUGUGCGUAGCAACAUCCACAUGGUGCUGUGUAUGAGCCCCAUCGGAGAGGUCUUCCGAGCUCGCCUGAGGCAGUUCCCCUCCCUGGUCAACUGCUGUACCAUCGACUGGUUUAACGAGUGGCCAGCAGAAGCCUUGGAAUCUGUGGCCACCAAGUUCCUGAAUGAGAUCCCAGAACUGGAAGCCACCACUGAAGUAAUUGAAGGACUGAUUCAGGUUUGCGUGUAUGUUCACCAGUCGGUGGCCAGGAAGUGUGUCGAGUACCUGGCCGAGCUGGCCCGCCACAACUAUGUGACCCCCAAGAGCUACCUGGAGCUGCUCAAUAUUUUCUCCAUCUUCAUUGGGCAGAAGAAACAGGAGCUGAAAACUGCCAAGAACCGCAUGAAGAGUGGUCUCGACAAGCUGCUGCGUACUUCCGAAGACGUGGCCAAGAUGCAGGAGGAGCUAGAGAUUAUGCGCCCCCUGCUGGAGGAGGCUGCCAAGGACACUACGCUCACCAUGGAGCAGAUCAAGGUGGACACGGCCAUUGCCGAGGAGACCCGGAAUUCAGUGCAGGCAGAGGAGAUCAAGGCCAACGAGAAGGCCAGGAAGGCACAAGCUAUUGCCGACGAUGCUCAGAAGGAUCUGGAUGAGGCUCUGCCAGCCCUGGAUGCAGCCCUGGCCAGCCUGCGCAACCUCAACAAGAAUGAUGUGACUGAGGUGCGUGCCAUGCAGCGGCCACCCCCAGGUGUGAAGCUGGUCAUAGAAGCUGUGUGCAUCAUGAAGGGCAUCAAGCCCAAGAAGGUGCCUGGAGAGAAGCCUGGCUCCAAGGUGGAUGACUACUGGGAGCCCGGCAAGGGGCUGCUGCAGGACCCUGGCCGCUUCCUCGAGAGCCUCUUCAAGUUCGACAAGGACAACAUUGGGGAGGCGGUGAUCAAAGCCAUCCAGCCAUACAUUGACAAUGAAGAGUUCCAGCCAGCCGCCAUUGCCAAGGUGUCCAAGGCCUGCACCUCCAUCUGCCAGUGGGUGCGCGCCAUGCACAAGUACCACUUUGUGGCCAAGGCCGUGGAGCCCAAGCGGCAAGCCCUGAGGGAGGCCCAGGACGACCUGGAGGUGACACAGAGGAUCCUGGAGGAGGCGAAGCAGCGCCUACGCGAGGUGGAGGAUGGCAUUGCCAUGAUGCAGACCAAGUACCGAGAAUGCAUCGCCAAGAAGGAGGAGCUGGAGUUGAAGUGUGAGCAGUGUGAGCAGCGGCUGAGCCGUGCAGACAAGCUCAUCAACGGGCUGUCAGAUGAGAGGGUGCGCUGGCAGGAGACAGUGGAGAACCUGGAACACAUGCUUGACAACAUCUUCGGUGAUGUGCUGGUGGCUGCUGGCUUUGUGGCCUACCUGGGCCCCUUCACGGGCCAGUACCGCACAGUGCUCUACGACAGCUGGGUCAAGAAGCUCACAGAGCACCAGGUCCCACACACCUCUGAGCCCACACUAAUCGGGACACUGGGGAACCCUGUGAAGAUCCGCUCAUGGCAGAUUGCUGGCCUUCCCAACGACACACUGUCAGUGGAGAAUGGGGUCAUCAACCAGUACUCCCAGCGCUGGACCCACUUCAUUGACCCUCAGGGCCAGGCCAACAAAUGGAUCAAGAACAUGGAGAAGGACAGUGGGCUGGAUGUGUUCAAGCUGAGUGACCGUGACUUCCUGCGCAGCAUGGAGAACGCCAUCCGCUUUGGCAAGCCUUGCCUUCUAGAGAAUGUGGGCGAGGAACUGGACCCGGCCCUUGAGCCGGUGCUGCUCAAGCAGACAUACAAGCAGCAGGGGAACACUGUGCUGAAGCUGGGGGACACAGUGAUCCCCUACCACGAGGACUUCAGGAUGUACAUUACCACCAAGCUGCCCAACCCACACUACACGCCCGAGAUCUCCACCAAACUCACCCUCAUCAACUUCACCCUGUCCCCCAGUGGCCUAGAGGACCAGCUGCUGGGCCAGGUAGUGGCUGAGGAGCGGCCUGACCUGGAGGACGCCAAGAACCAGUUGAUUGUCAGUAAUGCCAAGAUGCGCCAGGAGCUGAAGGACAUUGAAGACCAGAUCCUGUAUCGGCUCAGCUCCUCUGAGGGCAACCCCGUGGAUGACAUGGAGCUCAUCAAGGUUCUGGAGGCUUCCAAGAUGAAGGCUGCCGAGAUCCAGGCCAAGGUCAGGAUUGCAGAGCAGACAGAGAAGGACAUUGACCUCACACGCAUGGAGUAUAUACCCGUGGCUGUCCGCACCCAGAUCCUCUUCUUCUGUGUGUCUGACCUGGCCAAUGUGGACCCCAUGUACCAGUACUCCCUCGAGUGGUUUCUCAACAUCUUCCUCUCAGGCAUCGCCAACUCAGAGAGGGCAGACAACCUGAAGAAGCGCAUCGCCAACAUCAACCGCUACCUGACCUACAACCUCUACAGCAAUGUCUGCCGCAGCCUCUUCGAGAAGCACAAGCUGAUGUUUGCCUUCCUGCUGUGUGCCCGCAUCAUGAUGAACGAGGACAAGAUUAACCAGAGUGAGUGGCGCUACCUCCUGUCCGGGGGCUCCAUCCAGGUCAUGACUGAGAAUCCUGCAUUGGACUGGCUGUCAGACCGGGCCUGGCGAGACAUUCUAGCACUUUCAAACCUACCAGCCUUCUCCACCUUCGCCCUUGACUUUGUGAAGCACCUCUCAGAAUUCCAGGCCAUCUUCGAUAGCCCCGAGCCCCACCGGGAGCCCUUGCCUGGCAUCUGGGACCAGUACCUGGACCAGUUCCAGAAGUUGCUGGUCCUCCGCUGCCUACGCGGGGAUAAGGUUACCAACGCCAUGCAGGACUUUGUGGCCACCAACCUGGAGCCACGCUUCAUUGAGCCCCAGACAGCCAACCUGUCAGCAGUAUUCAAAGACUCCAACUCCAUCACGCCCCUCAUCUUUGUACUGUCACCUGGCACUGACCCCGCUGCUGACCUCUACAAGUUUGCUGAAGAGAUGAAGUUCUCCAAGAAGCUCUCUGCCAUUUCCCUGGGCCAGGGCCAGGGCCCUCGGGCAGAAGCCAUGAUGCGCACCUCCAUGGAGAGGGGCAAGUGGGUCUUCUUCCAGAACUGCCACCUGGCACCAAGCUGGAUGCCAGCCCUAGAGCGCCUCAUCGAGCACAUCAAUCCCGACAAGGUGCACCGGGACUUCCGCCUGUGGCUCACUAGCCUGCCCAGCAACAAGUUCCCAGUGUCCAUCCUGCAGAAUGGCUCCAAGAUGACCAUUGAGCCACCACGGGGCGUCAAGGCCAACCUGCUCAAGUCCUAUAGCAGCCUCAGUGACGACUUCCUCAACUCCUGUCACAAGGUGAUGGAGUUCAAGUCCCUGCUGCUGUCUCUGUGCCUGUUUCAUGGGAAUGCUCUGGAACGCCGUAAGUUUGGGCCCCUGGGCUUCAACAUCCCCUACGAGUUCACAGACGGGGACCUGCGCAUCUGCAUCAGCCAGCUCAAGAUGUUCCUGGAUGAGUAUGAUGACAUCCCCUACAAGGUCCUCAAGUACACAGCAGGGGAGAUCAACUACGGGGGCCGUGUCACCGACGACUGGGACCGCCGCUGUGUCAUGAACAUCCUGGAGGACUUCUACAGCCCCGAGGUGCUCUUCCCUGAGCACAGCUACAGCGCCUCGGGCGUCUACCACCAGAUCCAGCCUACCUACGACCUCAGCGGCUACCUCUCCUACAUCAAGGGCCUCCCACUCAACGACAUGCCUGAAAUCUUUGGCCUGCACGACAACGCCAACAUCACCUUUGCCCAGAAUGAGACUUAUGCCCUGCUCAGCACCAUCAUCCAGCUGCAACCCAAAUCAUCCUCUGUGGGCAGCCAAGGCCGGGAGGAGAUAGUGGAAGAAGUGGCCCAGAACAUUCUGAUCCAGGUGCCUGAGCCCAUUAACUUGCAGAUGGUGAUGACCAAGUACCCCGUGCUGUAUGAGGAGUCAAUGAACACCGUGCUAGUACAGGAGGUCAUUCGAUACUGCCACAUGGCUCUGGACCACUGCCUGCUUCCUUGCCACUGGCUCCAUAGGUACAACCGGCUGCUGCAGGUGAUCACACAGACACUGCGAGACCUGCUCAAGGCACUCAAGGGGCUGGUGGUGAUGUCCUCACAGCUAGAGCUGAUGGCUGCCAGCUUGUACAACAACACUGUGCCUGAGCUCUGGAAUGCCAAGGCCUACCCAUCGCUCAAGCCACUGUCCUCAUGGGUCAUGGACCUGCUGCAGCGCCUGGACUUCCUGCAAGCCUGGAUCCAAGGGGGCAUCCCAGCUGUCUUCUGGAUCAGUGGCUUCUUCUUCCCCCAGGCUUUCCUGACAGGCACGCUGCAGAACUUUGCCCGCAAGUCUAUCAUCUCCAUUGACACCAUCUCCUUCGAUUUUAAGGUGAUGCAUGAGUCAGUAUCAGAGCUCAAGAAAAGGCCCCAAGUGGGGUGCUACAUCCAUGGACUGUUCCUGGAAGGUGCCCGCUGGGACCCUGUAGCCUUCCAGCUGGCUGAGUCUCGGCCCAAGGAGCUAUACACGGAGAUGGCCGUCAUCUGGCUUCUGCCGAUCCCCAACCGCAAGAUCCAGGACCAGGACUUCUACCUGUGCCCCAUCUACAAGACACUAACUCGAGCUGGAACACUCUCAACCACAGGCCACUCGACCAACUACAUCAUUGCUGUGGAGAUCCCCACUGACCAGCCCCAGCGACACUGGAUAAAGCGUGGUGUGGCCCUCAUCUGUGCCCUGGACUACUAGACUCAGAAGGGCUGGGGCCAUUAAAAUUGAGUCUUCUGAGCAGACCAGCUGAGCCUUAGCUGCUUACAUCAGGCCCCUUGUGUAGUACUCUGCCAGGGAAUCAAUGGGGUUGAGGGGCUGCAGGAAUGUGGUUAGCAGCGGGGAGAGUGGCAGAGGUGGCAGCUCUGUCCAAAUGCAACAAGGGAAGAGGGGUCAACCCACCAAAGUCCCAAGGCCCCUCCAGGGACAGUGCACCAGGCAGGACUAGUGGCAGCCCUGCCUCCUUAACCCAGAGCCCCAGCACCUCUCCAGGUUGCAAAGCCAUCAGAUGUCGUGAAAGCCAUGGCAUGGCCUUGUCCUUCCGAAGUGCACCUUGCAUACAACUCUCCAGGUUCCACAGCCUACCCAAAGCCUCUCCUCAGCUCAGAACCCUCCUAAGGUCCUAAAUCCCAGGCUGGGAUCCCAAAAAUCUGCCCCAGAAGG